AUGGCAGUACUCUUGCUGAUGGUCAUCCUUUUCUUUGUGUCUAUGGCUGAAGCCCAGAGGAACCAAUACCAACCUCACCAUGUGAUCUGGGCAGUGGUCAGUGCUGGCAAUGGACCUGGCCAGAGGAUCCUGGGACAUUGGGGAUUGGACCGCCCUUUCAUAAAGGACUUCAGUUCUCCCAAGUCCCUUAAACCUGGCACCCAUAGUGGGGACACAGUGGGCUUCAUGAGUGGCCUUCUUUCCCCAGAGGUCUCAUCCCCCUAUCCACCACUGCUCCCAAUGUUCUUUGGCUUCCCCCUCUUCCCUGCAGCAGCCUCUGACACCAACCCCAGGAGAGAUCUACCACCUGCCUCCAGCAUCCACUACCACUUCUCAGGGCCCCAUUGCUGGCUCCUCAAGGAAGAGAAGUCAGGCAAGUGGGAGAGCCUGGUGCAUACGGGGAAGGAAAAGCAGAGGAAAGCAGAGGAUCUGGAGGAUGAGCCUUUCACAGAGAGAUACAGAAAGGAGGAGCGUGGAGGGGCCAAGAGGAGCGAAAGUGGGCACAAGGGCUUUGUGCCAGAAAAGAAUUUCCGAAUGACUGCAUACAAGGCAGUCCAGGAGAAAAAUUCAUAACUCCCUCCGAGGAAGACAUCUGAGAGCCGAGACAAGCUGGGAAACAAAGGAGACUUUUCCUCUGGGAAGUCUUCCUUUUCCAUUACUCGGGAGGCCCAGGUCAACGUCCGGAUGGACUCCUUUGAUGAGGACCUUGCAUGACCUGGUGGCUUAUUGGCUCAGGAAAGAAAGCUUUGUCGUGACCUAGUCCAUAGCAAUAAAAAGGAACAGGAAUUUCGUUCCAUUUUCCAGCACAUACAGUCAGCUCAGUCUCAGCGUAGCCCCUCAGAAUUGUUUGCUCAGCACAUAGUGACAAUUGUUCAUCAUGUUAAAGAACAUCACUUUGGAUCCUCUGGAAUGACAUUGCAUGAACGCUUUACUAAAUACCUAAAGAGAGGAAAUGAACAAGAAGCAGCUAAAAAUAAGAAAAGCUCAGAGAUACACAGGAGGAUAGACAUUUCCCCCAGUACAUUCAGAAAACAUGGUUUGACUCGCGAGGAAAUGAAAAGUCCCCGGGAAGCUGGCUACAAGGCUGAAGGCAAAUACAAAGAUGAUCCUGUUGAUCUCUGCCUUGAUACUGAGCGUCGUAAAAAACGUAAGGAGAGAGAUCUUAAGCGAGGUAAAUCAAGAGAGUCGGUGGAUUCCCGAGACUCUAGCCACUCAAGAGAAAGAUUGACUGAGGAAACAGAGAAAACUCACACAGGAUCAAAGAAACAGAAGAAGCACCACAGAGCAAGAGACCAGUCUAGGUCCUCUUCUUCCUCUUCCCAGUCGUCUCACUCCUACAAAGCAGAAGAGUAUCCCGAGGAAGCCAAGGAGAGGGAGGAGAGCACCACAGGUUUUGACAAAUUCAGAAUGGGGACCAAAGACUUCGUGGGUCCAAAUGAAAGAGGUGGCAGCGCUCGGGGAACCUUUCAAUUUCGAGCAAGAGGGAGAGGUUGGAGCAGAGGAAACUAUUCUGGUAACAAUAACAACGACAGCAACAAUGACUUUCAAAAGAGAAACCGGAAAGAGGAAUGGGAUCCAGAGUACACACCCAAAAGCAAGAAGUAUUACUUGCAUGAUGACCGGGAAGGUGAAGGCAGUGACAAGUGUGUGAGCCGUGGCCGUGGCCAAGGAGCCUUCCCCCGGGUGGGUUGGUUCCUGUUCCGGAAAUCUAGUACCAGCCCCAAGUGGGCCCACGACAAGUUCAGUGGGGAGGAAGAAGAAAUUGAAGAUGAUGAGAGUGGGAGAGAGAACAGAGAAGUGAAGGACAGUUUACAGCCCACAGCUGAGUAGGGGCCACUCUUGAUGGAGCCCUUGCCCAGGGGAGAAAGGCUCUGGGAGAGGCUGGUGGCGUUAAACAGGGAGCCUCCAGAAGAUCCUGCAAAUCCCACCCCACAACCCACCAGCCACACAGAACCCUAGGACAGCAGAGUACACAUCCCUGAUGUUGUCCCACUGGACAGAGGAUACUGGCCACAGCCUAGGAUCAGGCCCAUGUUUUGAGUGACCCACAAUACAGUGGGCUCCUGCCGUUUCUUGUUUGUUGUUGGUGUGUGGGGUGGAGGCAGGGUAGGAAGAAUGAUGCUG